UUGUGUGCAAGAAGCUCAUUAAUAAUGAUGAUAGGAAAAGGACUCUUUGUCUUGCUUCUCCUCCUCUUGAUCUGCGCCACAGUAAAAUGCCAAGGGAAUUCCAGUCAAGACACAAGUUUCUGUCAGCCUUACAACUUAGCAUUAGACCCGUGCGGGUUCAAACCAAGAAACAGGAGCUACUACUUACCUAAUGGCACUGAUCAAAACUUUCAGUCUUCUGUCGAAAUACUGGGCAUCAUUUCAAGAGCUCUUGAUAAUAAUAAUGAAGGUGAACUGAAAUGCAGCAGCUAUGUCAUACCCCUCUUCUGUCACUACCUCUUCCCUCCCUGCAACAAUGAAAGCUUACCCAUGCAGCUCUGCUAUAAUACUUGCUUUAAUCUAACAAGUGGCCCUUGCUCUUCCCAAUGGAAUGAACUCUACCAAUUGGCCAAUACUUCAAACACGCUGCGUUGGUUUUUACGAGAUUUGGACUGUUCUCGUACUUACUAUAAUGCCAAUUAUGCUGAUAAUAGAACAUGCUGGAAUGCAGAAACAGACAUCAAUAUGACAAUAACAUCAGAACCUCCAGCAUCCACUACCUCUACUUUAAAUGGAGGAAAGCAUUAUCAGGAAGAUCUUUUGAUUAUCAUAGUUACGCUUCUCAUGACAUUUGAGGCUGUACUGCUACUGAUAUUCAUUGCUGCCACUUUAAUCAUUGGCCGCAUGGUCUGCAAAAGAAGAAAAGGUGCUUCACAUACUUUUGCUAAUCUCAAUCAAUCAAGCACAGUAAACUUUCCACUUCGGCCAACUGGUACUUUGGCGAGACUAGUACAAAAUAUAUCGACAAAUAGCGAUACGAUGCUUCAAAGUCACAGAAUGCUGUUGGAGAACAUCCCAAAUCCAUACAAGGCUGUCCUGAGUGAGUAUACUGAUAAUAUCCUACAGGCAGACAAGCUACAAAUGAAUACUUUCUUGGCUGACGGACCAUGCACCGAAGUGUACCAGGGGAAUUACUGCGAGCCGCAACCGCACAAUACGUGCGUGACACACUUUGUAGCUGUGAAGAGAUUUAAAGUCGCAGAUGAUUCAACAUUGGUAUGCAAGUAUCUUAAACAAUUGCUACGUCUGAAUAAAGCGACACAUUUGAAUGUAUUGAAGCUGGUUGGUGUUGCUUAUGGCCCCAAGGACAAUGUUCUGAUAGCGUAUCCGUACUUCUCGGAACACAACCUGCUUAGUUAUCUAAGGAAACUGAGGCUAGAUUCAAAAAAGAUAACAGAUGUGGAAAAGUUAGUGGAUCUAAUGCACCAAAUAUCGAAAGGGAUGAAUGCAAUGGCCAGAAAAGGACUAGUUUAUGGGAUGCUCUCUGUUCAAACGUGCCUUAUUGAUAGUGAGGGGACUGUUGUGGUAGGUGACCUCAGUUACUAUAGUCUUGUAAACUGUGUCAAGAUUAACUUGCCUCCGCCAGAAAUGGAAAUUCAAGGGAGUGAAAGCACAGAAGCAAGCGACGUGUGGUCCUUUGGCCUGACAGCAUGGCAGAUACUCACACUAGGAGAGCCACUACCUGAAAAUAAGGAUGAACUAAGAAAACCAGGGACUUGCCCUGAUUCACUUUUUGAGCUGAUCCAAUGGUGCCUCGAGAGUAAUCCAAAAAAACGUCCAAUCUUCUCCAAGAUAGUCCUUGAGAUUGAUUCCAUGAGGAACAGCGAGGAAUUCAGAGCUGAAGUGGCCGCACGAUCGAAACUCGAAAACGCUUGGAAUUGCACCCAAGAAUACCUUGUCCUGAUUCCUGAGAAUGAACCAAUAAGUGAAUAUCAGUAUUCAGCCAUUACUGCUCAAGGAGGCAGCAGCAGCAGCAAGCGUUCCAGCGCAAUCCCAAGACAAAGCAGUAGCCAUGAAGACCAUACUGUAUUGCCAAGAUCGCUUGCUCCAGCGUCACCUUUUAGUGAUGGACAUCAGCAUAUGAACGGGCAUUUAAGAUCUUCUAUAGUACAAGUAAGGCAGCUGGACACAGAAGAUGAUGAAGGAUAUGUUGAUGUGAAGGUGACACCUCAGCCUCCCAAAUCACCCAAGCCAUUACCGUCGCCGCCAAAAUCAUCGUCUCCUUUAAGAUCCUCUCCAAAUAGGUCGGUCCCAUUAUUAAAGAAUGUACCUUCUGGGGCUAAGCCUUUACCGUUGACACCAAAGCCAAUGUUUCCCACGGCAAAGCCGCUACCUGAAAUACCAACACUGAAGCCGCUGUUGCUAAAACAGACAUCGUUGGAGUCAAAUGGUCACUCGGUUCCUUCAUUCGAAAGGUCAAACUCUGAGAGUAAUGAGUAUUACAAUAUUCAUUUCAGACCAGCAGCAAAGAAGCUAACAAAUCGGUUGUCUGAAUCAACCUCUCCCACACAUAACUAUUCGCCUGUCCCUGUUGUAACUCAUUAACACAACACAACAUUUGUACUCCUUUCAUUCUUGAAUAAACAUUGAUAAUAUAAAUGUAAUUUCUAAUGAUAGCAAUGAAUAGUAUUUCUGCUUUGUCUCUUCUAUAUAUAUAUAAUAUCAUUGAAAGGGAUGUCUCCCUCCAUGUAUGUACACACUUAAUGUCCAUGCCAUGAUAAUACAUAUUAUUAUAACAAUUAAUGAUAUUUUAAAUCCAA